AUGGCGCCCUUACAAGACGAUCCGAAGUCUGAUGACUCCUACGUAUCUGAUGUCUCAGAUGAGGAGCAAGUAGAGGCUCAAGACCGUGCCCCCAAGCGCCGACGCCUCUCCGAGUCUUCGGACGAUUCCUAUGUUGCGCCAACACCGCUCCCCACUCUCUCACGUAUUAAGAAGAAGGACGAUACUGCGAAGAGCACCGAUGCGAAAGAUGAGGAGGAGCCGGUUUUAAUCAAGGAUGCUCUUGAAAUUGGUCUGCAGGCCGAGGCAUCGACCUUUGGAGCGCUUAAUGUGUCCCCAUGGCUGAUCGGCUCUUUGACUACCAUGGCUGUUCGCCGACCCACGGCUAUUCAGAAGGCUUGUAUUCCUGAGAUUCUGAAAGGAAGGGACUGUAUUGGUGGUAGUCGGACAGGUUCCGGAAAGACCAUUGCAUUUGCAGUUCCAAUUAUGCAGAAAUGGGCUCAAGAUCCUUUUGGAAUCUUUGCUUUGGUUUUGACUCCAACUCGUGAGCUUGCGCUGCAAAUCUUUGAGCAGUUCAAGGCUAUCUCCGCGCCUCAGAGCAUGAAGCCUAUACUUAUCACCGGCGGCACAGACAUGCGGCAACAAGCAGUUGCUCUCGCCUCGCGCCCUCACGUCGUUAUCGCAACCCCAGGUCGUCUCGCAGACCACGUCAAAACCUCCGGCAAAGAAACCAUUGCCGGAUUAGGACGUGUCCGAAUGGUGGUAAUGGAUGAAGCAGACCGACUCCUCGCCAGUGGACCGGGAAGCAUGCUUCCGGAUGUCGAAACCUGUCUAUCAGCGCUCCCAUCCUCAGCCGAGCGUCAAACACUCCUAUUCACAGCCACAUUAACCCCCGAAGUACGAGCUCUGAAAGAAAUGCCCCGCCCAGAGAACAAGCCUCCUAUCUUCGUGACCGAGAUUUCCACCGAAAACCAAGGCAAUAUCCCCCCAACUCUAAAAGUAACAUACCUGAAAGUCCCCAUGACGCAUCGCGAAGCCUUCCUACACGCUUUGCUCUCCACCGAGGAGAAUAUCACCAAGCCAGUCAUCAUCUUCUGCAAUCAUACCAGAACAACCGAUCUGCUAGAGCGUACUCUGCGUCGACUCGGUCACCGCGCUACUUCCCUGCACAGUCUGCUCCCACAAUCUGAGCGUACAUCGAAUCUUGCUCGUUUCCGUGCGGCGGCUGCUCGGGUCCUCGUCGCUACGGAUGUCGCAUCUCGUGGUCUUGAUAUUCCGUCCGUUGAGCUGGUCGUUAACUUCGAUGUUCCCCGUAACCCUGAUGACUAUGUUCACCGUGUUGGUCGUACAGCUCGUGCUGGACGAUCCGGUGAGGCGGUCACGCUGGUUGGACAGCGAGAUGUCGAGCUCAUUCUUGCUAUCGAGACUCGGAUUGGUCGACAGAUGGAGGAGUUCGAGGAGGAGGGUGUUAAUAUUGAGAGUCGUGUUGUCCGGACGUCUGUCUUGAAGGAUGUUGGUGCGGCGAAGCGUGAGGCUAUGAAUGAGAUUGAAGAGGACCGUGAUGUACUGGGCAGAAAGCGGAACAAGUUGAAGAAGCUCCGGUAG